AUGAGAAAGCGCCAGCUUAUGUGUGCAGGCCACCCGGUUCCAGAGCCUUCGGCGUGCAGACAUCAUCAGUCACAAGCAGCCUCCAGAUCAAUCCAGGAAGAGCUGGGCCUCUCAUCGUCAUGUCUCCAGCAGUUCAUAAGGUAUGGCAGCUGGAGAGAACUGGCCAAGGCUCUGGCCAGCAAGAACAUUCCUGCUGUGGAUCCAAAUCUCCAGUUCUAUCGUCCGCAGAGGCUGAGCCUCCAGGACCGAGAAGUUGAUCGAGGUGGGGUCAGUAACAGCAGCUACUUGAAGUGGAACAGGCCUGUCCCCUGGCUCUCAGAGUUCCGGGGCCGUGCCAACCUGCAUGUGUUUGAGGACUGGUGUGGCAGUUCCAUCCAGCAACUCAGGAGGAACCUCCACUUCCCACUGUACCCCCACAUCCGCACAACCCUGAGGAAGCUGGCCGUGUCCCCCAAAUGGAACAACUAUGGCCUUCGCAUCUUUGGCUACCUGCACCCCUUCACUGAUGGGAAAAUCCAGUUUGCCAUUGCUGCCGAUGACAACGCUGAAUUCUGGCUGAGCCAUGACGACCAGGUCUCAGGCCUUCAGCUGCUGGCCAGUGUGGGCAAGACUGGAAAGGAAUGGACUGCUCCUGGAGAGUUUGGGAAAUUCCGGAGUCAGAUUUCCAAGCCGGUGAGCCUGUCGGCCUCCCGUAGGUACUACUUUGAGGUGCUGCACAAACAGAAUGAGGACGGCGCUGACCACGUGGAAGUUGCGUGGCGACAGAACGACCCUGGAGCCACGUUCACCAUCGUUGACUCCCCUUCCCUGUCCCUCUUCACAAAUGAGACAGCACUGAGGAUGGAUGAGGUGGGCCACAUCCCACAGACAGCAGCCAGUCACGCAGGCUCCCAGGACGCUCUUCCCAGAGACGAGCAGCCCCCUGCCGACAUGCUGCAGCCUGACCCUCGGGACACCCUCUAUCGAGUGCCUCUGAUCCCCAAGUCUCGCCUCCGCCACGUCCUGCCUGAUUGUCCCUACAAGCCCAGCUACCUGGUGGACGGGCUCCCUUUACAGCGCUACCAAGGGCUCCGCUUUAUUCACCUGUCCUUUGUUUAUCCCAAUGACUAUACCCGCUUGAGCCACAUGGAGACCCAUAAUAAAUGCUUCUACCAGGAAAAUGCCUACUCCCAGGACAGGUUCAGCUUCCAGGAGUACAUCAAGAUUGACCAGCCUGAGCAGCACGGGCUGCAGCAGCCAGGUUUUGAGGAGAACCUUCCAGAAGAAUCCCAGUAUGAAGACGUAGCAGAGGAGACCCCUGCUUCCAAUGAGCAGAAUGCCAGGAUGCUGGAGGGGAAGCAAAUGCCCACCUCUACCCCUGGCCAGGAUGUCACUGACUAUCGCCUCCGGAGCCUGCGGAGACUCCUGGCUCGGCCUCGAGAGGCCCUGCUGGCACCCUCCCCCAAGCAAAACUCCACAGCGCCCUUCCCAGAGAGGACCAGCCAUGUCCCAGUCCAGCAGCCAGAGAAGAGGAAGAGAAAACCCAGCCCUGAGCCCAGCCAAGAGUCACCUCAUUCUAACAAGUGGCCCCUGGGGCACCUGGCGGGGAACCCACCUCAAAUUAAGAGACCCAGGCCCACUGGGUACAGCCCUGGAAAGGCUCUAGAGCAGUCCCAGUGGCUGAAUCAAGUGGAGUCGUACAUUGCAGAACAGAGAAGGGGAGACAGGAUGGAGCCUCAGGGUCCCAGAAGGGGUUGGCCUGGGGAGGAGGAGGUGGUGGCCACUGUAGGCCAGGAAGGACAGGCGGAGGGGGAGGAGGAGGGGGAAGAAGAGGAGGAAGAAGAGGAUAUGAGCGAGGCGUUUGAAUAUGUGCCUGCGUUAGACCCGGUCGUAAACUGGGACCAGACCUUCAGUGUCCAGAACCUCGACUUCCAAGCCCUGAGGACUGACUGGAUUGAUCUGAACUGUAAUGCGUCUGGAAACUUGCUGCUUCCAGAGAAGGAGGCUCUGGAGGUCACGCGGGUCUUCUUGAAGAAGCUCAGCCAGCGGAGCGGGGGGAGGUACCAGCUACAGCGCAUUGUGAACGUGGAGAAGCGUCAGGACCAGCUGCGCGGGGGGCGCUACUUCCUGGAGCUUGAACUGCUGGAACAAGGCACGCGCCUGGUGCGGCUCUCUGAGUACGUGUCUGUGCGAGGCUGGCAGGGCAUCGACCCGGCUGGUGGGCAGGAGGCUGAUGCCCGGAACCUGCAGGGCCUGGUCUGGGACCCACACCAGCAUCGGAGACGUGUCCUGAAUGCCCAGGCCCCAGACCCCAAGCUGUGCUGGCCCCAGGGUUUCUCCUGGAAUCACCGAGCUGUGGUCCACUUCGUCGUGCCUGUGAAGAACCAGGCGCGCUGGGUGCAGCAAUUCAUCAGCGACAUGGAAAACCUGUUCCAGGUCACCAAUGACCCAUACUUCAACAUCAUCAUCACCGACUACAGCAGUGAGGACAUGGAUGUCGAGAUGGCCCUGAAGAGGUCCAAGCUGCCGAGCUACCAGUACACAAAGCUAAGUGGGAACUUUGAGCGCUCAGCUGGACUUCAGGCUGGCAUAGACCUGGUGAAGGACCCGCACAGCAUCAUCUUCCUCUGUGACCUCCACAUCCACUUCCCAGCUGCAGUCAUCGAUGCCAUCAGGAAGCACUGUGUGGAGGGCAGGAUGGCCUUCGCGCCCAUGGUGAUGAGGCUGCACUGCGGUGCCACCCCCCAGCAGCCUGAGGGCUACUGGGAGGUGAAUGGAUUCGGACUGCUCGGCAUCUACAAGUCAGACCUGGACAAGAUCGGGGGCAUGAACACCAAGGAGUUCCGAGACCGCUGGGGCGGCGAAGACUGGGAGCUGCUGGACAGGAUCCUCCAAGCAGGCCUGGAAGUGGAACGUCUCUCCCUGAGGAAUUUCUUCCAUCACUUCCAUUCCAAGCGGGGCAUGUGGAACCGCCGCCAAAUGAAGAUGCUGUGA